UCUAUUAUAUUAAACACUAGAUGGCAGCAGCAAAAAUUUCAACUGACUCUGAGGAGGAAGAAAUGGGGGGAGACGGACAAAUUUUAUUAAAAUCCCCCCAGAAAAGACCUUCACAAGUCAACAGUCAGUGGAAAACUGGAGAUCUAACCCUGUGGCCUGUUUUGAAUCUCGUUGAACCGGAACUGAGGUCAAAGGUCAAGUUGGUUUAUAUAUUCAGCCAGGCUGCUGCUGAAGUUAUCUUUACAACCACGGAUGAUAAGGUUUAUGGCAUGGGGACGAACACGAGUGGAUGUCUGGGGGUCGGUGACACACAGAGCUCUCUAGCGCCACGCCGUAUUGAAUUAUUAGAAGGAAAGAAACUCAUCGACAUUGCCGCAGGAGCCGGGCCUCAUGUCCUAGUGUUGACUCAUGAUCAUGACGUUUAUAUCUGGGGUGAAAACUCUCUCUCUCAACUUGGCAACGGCGAGGGUGAAGUAUACAGUUGGGGUCACAACAGUUACAUGCAGUUGGGGAACGGGGGUUCGACUCCCGGUCUUACCCCGACCAUGCUGGCUCGGAAUCUCAGUCGGAAAGUUGUCGGUAUUGCUUGUGGAAGUCACCACUCGAUGGUGCUAACAGAUGAUGGAGAAGUGUACGCAUGGGGGUACAAUAACUGCGGACAGGUGGGUAUUGGGUCAGGUUCAACGUCAAAUCAAACAACCCCUCGUAAAGUGAACGCUUGCAUCGGGAAUAAAAGAAUCAUCCAUAUUGCUUGUGGGCAGACUUCUUCACUAGCAGUCACCGAUAACGGCGAAGUGUAUUCCUGGGGGUACAACGGUAAUGGACAGUUGGGAGUCGGGAAUAAUGUGAACCAGACGAAUCCUUGCAGAAUCGCUGCAUUACAGAAUGUUGUUAUUGUUCAGGUUGUAUGUGGUUACGCCCACACCCUGGCCCUAUCAGAUGAAGGUAUCGUGUAUGGAUGGGGAGCCAACAGUUAUGGACAACUGGGAUCCGGGAAUAAAGCAAAUGCAGUUACACCUAUUCAGGUUGCCUCCAGUGUAGGUCGAGUUGUUUUGGUGGCUGCCUCACAUUAUUCGCAUUCAUCUUCUGCUCAGAACCAGCAUGGUCAGGUCUACAUGUGGGGGCAACUUCGAAUGCAAUCGACCGCUCAACCGAUCCUAACUGAUUUUUCCAGUGUUGAUGCCGUGUUUGCUGGCUUCAGUUCUCCUCCUGUGAGCUGGCGUCCCAUGGUUCUUAGCAAAGAAUCUGAACCUUCUGUUCAACAGAGCAUAGCAUGUGCAUUCAACGAUGAAACGACCUCUGACCUCAGAAUUGUUGCGGACGGGAAAGUAAUUUAUGUUCACAAAGCUCUGCUGAAGAUAAGAUGUGAUUAUUUCCGUCGCAUGUUCCAAUCUCACUGGGACGAGAACACUCAAGACAAGGUAGAAAUCAUCGGCUACUCAUUCCCUGUCGUUUAUUCUUUCUUGAAAUGGCUUUACACUGACACUGUGGAACUUCCACCUGAGGAUGCCAUUGGUCUCUUAGAUCUGGCAACUGCAUAUUGUGAGGCAGGUCUGAAGCAACAAUGUGAGAAGUUAAUAAAGGAAGGAAUCUCGGUUGAGAAUUCAGCCAUUUUGUUUGCUGCGGCAAUCAAGUACCAGGCUAAGGAUCUCGAGGAAUAUUGCUUUCAGUACUGCCUGAACCACACAUCACAGAUCGUGCAGACUGACAACUUUCAAGCCCUAACACUAGAUGUCAUGAGAUAUUUCAUAACAGAAGCCGCUAAACGGGGGGCUUUUAAACGUUAACUCUUAUUUAUCAGUUAUUAAUUUCAGAUGCAUGGACUUCAUAGUGGAAGGGCUGUAAUUUGUACUAUAUAUAUUUAUUGGUAUUCCUGUGCUCUUGGAAUAAAUAUAGGAAAUUUUACACUAUUAACACAAGAAUAAUAAGAAGCUUCAGUUAAGCUGAGGCCUCGAACUGCAAGGCUAUUAUGCUGGCCACUCCUGCAUGUCACUUCAAACCGCUUGUUGAGUUGUUAGCAAAUUUUUUUUGUUCUUAUCCCGGGUUUGUUGAGAAUUGGUCAAUAUUAUUUUCAAAUGCUGCGAUUAUUGUGUGCCAUUUUCCUCCUCAAGUUCUGUUGUGGCUUGUUUAUCCCAAUAUUGUUUAAUCUAUAUAUGGUCUUGUUACCAUUUGGAUGGAAAUUUAAGAGAAAUUGCUUGUUGACCUGUCGAAGAAAUGAUUGCCUGUUUGCUUUUCCUGUUUGUAUCAAUAUCUUGUCCAUUUGCUUGUUGAACUCUGAACUGGUGUGACUCACUCACCGCAAACCUCUGCGAUCUCUUUACAGGAAUCAUUAUUUAAAAUCUUACUUAUGGUUUGUUGUCCAUGGUGGCCCAAAAGUUGGUUUGUAGCAAUAUAAUAUAUCAAUACUGUUAUCAUACUAUUGAGCUGCCCUGUACCCUGCUUGAAUUUACUUGUUGCACUAUGAGGCAAUGUUAAUUAUUCCCUUCCAUUGUUGUUGCAACCCGUCCAUAAUAAGUUUUAGUUUGAUAUUAAUUUGAUUGCUAAAUUAUCAACAAAGUUUUAGUUAAUGUAAACUCUUGGUGAUUUUCAUAUAUAUCCCAGGGGAGAUGAA